CAAAAGAUAAAAUACAAAUUGGGCAACAAGCUGUGUUUUGCUAGAGUCGUCUUGUAAUAUCUGUAAUUAGUUGAUAGAGCAGGUCUUAAACGGAAAACAAUGUAUUUACCUAAAAAUAUGCCGUAAAUUUGGCUUGACCGACCGGCCGGAAAAUUUCCAAAAUAAACGUAAUAUCUCUAAAGGAGUUCAGAUUCCCAAUUCAGUUAAAUAUCCAAGUGGAACAAGUCCUUACCGUUGGCUUUUGUAGAGCUAGUCUUCCGAUACUUUCAACGCAUAUAUCCAAUGCAAGAAAACUAUAAAAGCUAAUCAAAACUAGCUCUUUGUGAAUGAAGAUCGGGAUCAGAAAUAGACUAAGUAAACAGACAACGUGUCAAUUCCGCAUGCCAUAUGAUUCAAAUUAAGGGUGUCUGCUUUCUGAAACAAAAAACCCUCUUCAUUUGUGUUGGGGUUGCUAUCUCUGUUGAGUUGAUAUGAUCUAGUGGUAGGAGUUCCUAGACUCUCUAAGUUAGAAGUGAUCUCAUUAUCGCCUGUGAUGUAAUGGCCGUCUGUGGGCUACCUAAAUAGAAAUUAAAAAAGGUUUACCAGGAUGUUCCACCUCAGGCAAAACAAAAACAUGGCGUAUAGUUUACUUGUGUUGUAUCCGUAUAAAAUCCCAAUGUUUUUCUCCUACUCGCACGAAUAUUGAAGAGAAUCCAGCCAGAUCGUUCACUGGUGUGAUCAGAAAUAGCAGUGGGAUUUUCGAGAUGUUUAUCCAGGGCUUUUUCAAGGGUGCGUCUGUGUUCUCCAUAUAUUGUUUAAAUAAUUGAUAUAGACAAAAAUAGGUGAAAAACAGUAAACUGAUCUUAACAGAAAACAGAAAUGAGAUCUAAGGGAGAUCCUUGGAUAUAUCAAUGUCAGCCCGACAUGGGAGGGGUAAGGGAUCUGCCAGAUGUGUCUCAAUGAGGAGGACUGGGCCCUAAUAUCGUCUUGUUUUGACAGCCAUCUUGGAAGUGAAGAAGUCGUUACUUCCAGACGAUGUGUUCCAUCGUAGUAGAACCCAACCAAAGCCUUCCGCCAGUGUACGCAAUUUUAAACAUCGAAACAACUGGAAUGGAAAGAAAAAAUGACCGCAUCAUACAAAUCGGCAUUGUUAAAGUCGAGAACAAUGUUAUAACACCGUGGAUGGCGUAUGUGAAUCCUUGCAAACCAAGAGUGGAACAAACGAAAGCUUUCCGUGUGCACAAGAUAUCACCAGACCUUCUUCAAGGGAAGCCGACGUUUGCCGAGGUUGCUCCGAAGUUGUGUAAAUUCUUGGAAAAUGUUGAGUAUGUUGUCUGCUACAACUGUAUCUCUGAUUGGAGCUUUUUGAUGGCUGAGUUUAACAGACUGCAAGAUAUCGAAGACAACAAAGCACUGAUGAGAAAGAUCAAAUGGGUCGACUUACUUCGAUUUGCGAUCAAGUCAUUCCCCGAAUUAAAGAAUUACAGAGCUCAAACGCUGUUGGACAAAUUCUCGAUUAAGACCAAAAAAGCGCAAAGUUUUCAUUAUCAGUGUUAUUUUGAGACAGGAGACCAGCAAGAUUGUGAAGAGUUUUCAUUGUUCGAACAGGGAGAGUUAAACUGGGGUGAAAUAUACCAUGAUCCUGUGUGCGAUUCACUUGCAGCACAUUCACUCCUGAAGAAACUACUGGAGAAAAACAAUUACUCCAACAUUGCUGACCUCGUUAAUAAUUGUCCACAGUGUUUAAUUGAUACAGAAUUAUUCCUUGCUUUGGAAGUGAAGUGGAAGGAGAGGAAAACAUCAGAUGAAGAGCUCAAGCCUUUUGCUUCACGUGCAGAGAAAUUUUAUGGCACCAUGCCUUCACUGAGAGGGAAAAUGCUGGAAGAAAUGUCGAAGGAGAAAAUAGAAGCAGCUUUGUUUUCAGGAUUUGAGAAAGAUGAAAGAGUUUGUCUUAUAUACAGAGCUGCUGUAUUGAAAAAGGGCAGUGAUUCACAGAAACGUAAAGCAGAUUCACCUGACUUUAAUUAUGUUAGCCCUAAAGAGUUAAAAGGAGAGUAAAAUCUUUUGGGCUGUGACUAGAUUGCUCUAAUAUUUAGUAUGGGCAUAGUUUUCAAUUUUUUAUUCACAUUAUAUUUCUUAGGUUGGUUUCAUGAUGCAUGGCGGGAGACACUUUUAGAAGAGCAGAGUCAGCUGUUGAUUUGCAAUAAUUUUUCAUGUGAAAAAUAUUUUAUAGUCAAUAUACAGUAUGAGCCUUGCUUUACAGAAAUCUAGCCUGAGUAUCAGGCCCUCUUAAGGAAAGGCCUGACACUUGGGCUAACAGAAAUCCAAGGGAGUUUUUUUAAUUAAACAGACAAUAAACAGAACUGUUUAUCUUCCUUGACUCUGGUCAUUUAACUUUAAAAUAAACUUUAAUGUUUAGUCCGGUGAUCCAUAGGCUCAAUUACUAGUGUCUGUUUUAGGAAAUGAGCCUGCGCUCAUCCACAACUGGGCCAGAGUUAGUGGCAGAAAUCAAGCCUAAGUCAGCCUAGGAGGUGCAGCCUUGAGUUCCAGUUUCUGUCCUUUUGACUUCAUUUUCUACCUGUUUAUUAAAUGUCCAGUUAAUGGACAAACUGAGUCAGUCAUUGUCCCAAUAGUUUCAGCAAAGUAAUGGAGAUUUGAUUUCUUUCAUCAUUCAUCAUUUACCAAUUCAAAAUGACUGACCUGCCAGCAGGCUCUCUUGUGUUACGGCGGGAGCAAAGUUGUGCCAAAUCCCUCACCAGCUCGUUUCGCUCUCUGAUUCAUAUCUUGCAACCCUGCUCAUUGACUUUGCUCCUGCCUCAAUGCAUAAGAACCUGCUUGCAGACUAAAUGACUGAAUUAGACCUGCUCCAUAUAUCUCAGGGCAAUAUUGAACACUUGCAUUGUGGAGAGCAGUAUAUUAAUUUAAACACCCAGAUGUUGUGACAAUCUCAACUUGGGUUGUAGGCCUUAGUUGAUUCUCCCCACAGCUGACAACAGCCAUGUUAGAAAUACAAAAUGAAACACAAAUCAACUCAAUGGAGCUAGGUUACAAUGUUGUAAUUAUAGUCAUACCUGUAUAUAACGGUCACCCUUGGGAAAAGGCCAGGUUACCGUUACAUACAGGGUGACCGCUGUACACAGGUUUCCUUUAAACUCCCCUGGAAGUCAAUAAAUAGCAUUUCAAUGUGCAAAUAAUCACUCAAUUUACGUUUUAUUGACAAUAACGAGUGACAGCAACGCAUUAAACACGAUAAAAGAGGCCUAUAAAAUGUCUGUGUUGUACUUUUAGGGAGGUGCAGUAACAGUCUACUGGAAGCUAAUGAACAACGUUUUUAAGUGGAACAUCACUCAAUUGACAUUUAUUGAGAACAAUUUGAAACAGGAACGCAAUGAAUACGACAAAAAUGCCCAUAAAAUGUCCGUGAUAUACUUUAAGACUGGAAGGUUCCGUAUACUUUGAUCCAAGUCUCCUGUGAGUGGCUGCAUCGGAAGCUGAUAGAAGAGAAAUUUGAUGCCGAGCGCUGUCUUGUCUAUAAAACAGUAGCCUAAUACAGUGUAAAACCGCGCCUGUCAACAUGAUAAUUACAGUACAGUGCUAUAAUCGGGGAACUAUGAUGAAAGUGAAAGCAGUGUGGUACGGUUGUGUUGUUACAGUUACAGUUACUAUUGCUUGAAAGCGACGGCACUUUAAUGGUAUCUGUUGCAAGCAUGUGUCGGACAUAGGCGAUGACAUGUAUUAGUAGUUGUGUUUAAUACUAAUAUUUGUAUUUUUGUGAGACCCCUGCCUUGGUGGCUGCUAUUUAACGAGCUGAUGAAUAAAGCUUGUCAUUACUCGUUAAUGUAACCCAAUUUCGUGACCGUUAAAUACAGGUAAAAGAUAAUGAAAUUGUGGAUUCAGGAAUUCUCAAAGGUGACCGCGUCUGUUAUAUACAGGUGACUGCUAUAUGCAGGUCAACUUAACAGUAAAUAUAAGAGACGAUUUUUGGGAAGUUGUUCAGUGACCGUUAUACACAGGGUAACCGCUAUAUACAGGGCCUUUAUAUACAGGUUUGACUGUACUACGUUGUAACCUCACUCCAUUUUUCUGCAUAGCCAAGCGAUUUUUCCAAAGAAGCUGUCGAGAACUCUGAGAGCGUCAGAAGAGAGUGACUAUUUUGACAAGCUUGUUCCCAGGGUUCACGGUCUUCCUCCCUCGAGAAAGACGGGAGGAAGUGAUAGGACUCUGGGAGCGAGGCUGCUAUUGUCACGCGGCUGUUGAUUUCAAUAACAAACAUGAUGCUUCUGGUCGGAUGCCUCCGUUAAAGGGAAACCAAAAAUAUCUAUACAUAAAUUCUUUUCCGAAAGAAAUAAGUUGUUUCGAUUGGUAUGUUCUGCACUGAAUCGCUGAACGAUUUCGUUCGGACAAAGUAGACUCAGUGGGACUCUGUCGACUGAAUCGCUAAUCGACGAUUUAGCAAGAUUCAGAAAACACUUCCAGACCAUGGACGAGUCAACAAGUCAAUUAACAAACAAAGAACUAAAUAGUUUAAUGGACAAGUGGGAAAAUGAGACUUUGGUUCAAAUAGCUGACCAGGCUGAAGAACGAGGUCAAACCGAGGAACUAAAUAGCUUAAUGGACAAGAUGGAAAAUGAGACUUUGCUUCAAAUAGCUGACCAGGCUGAGGGACGAGGUCAAACCGAAGAACUAAAUAGCUUAAUGGACAAGAUGGA